AUGUCUUGGUCAUGCGAGAAAACAAUUGCUCUCAUCACUGGCGCGAACCAGGGCAUCGGGUACGCCGUUGCGCAGCAUCUUGUUGAAAAGGGCACCUUUACCGUCCUUCUUGGCUCUCGCGAUGCAGAGCGGGGAGCCAAAGCUGCCGUCGAUUUAGAUCCCUCUAGCGAAAUAGUCCAAGCCAUUACCAUCGAUGUGACAGACGAUGCUUCUAUACAAGCUGCAGCCGACCAUGUCGCUGCCAAAUACGGCCGUCUUGACGUCCUCGUCAACAAUGCUGGCAUUAACAAUGAGCUGGAAGCAUACAUGUUGCAUCUGCAGACUGGUGCCACUACAGAUCUGGAGCCUCUAUCACUGGCCAAGCUGCGAAAGGCAUAUCAUGAAGUCUACGAAGUAAACUUGUUUGGCGCGGCGGCCGUAACGGAAGCUUUUUCCCCGCUGCUAGACACUGCAAUCUCGCCUGCUCGCAUCGUGUUUGUCUCCUCGCACACUGGAUCUCUCACGCUGCGGUCCGACUCCGCGUCUCCCUGGCACGAGCGCAUGAGCCGCGCGUCGUUCCCAAUCUACCGCAGUAGUAAAGCAGCUCUGAAUAUGCUUACAUUACACUACGCUGCCAAAUUUGACUCCAGGGGGUGGAAAGUCAAUGCGUCUUGCCCAAACCUCACAGCAACUAGCUUUACCAAGGACUCUGGGCUGGGGAGGCCGCCGUAUGAAUCGGCCGUGAAUAUCGUGCGUCUUGCGUGUCUGGGGGAAGACGGCGAAACAGGAACAUGUUCUGACGAAAAGGAAAUUAUUGGCUGGUGA